CCGUGUGCGGUUUGAAGUGAUCUAGUUCGUUCAGAAAACACAGACCACGUUCACAAUGAAAUCGAUGGUGGUGUUCUUCGCUCUCGCCGCAGUGGCAUGCGGCUCCUUGGUUCCAUUGGCCCAACCGCCUCAUCUUCCCGCACUCGUGCUGGACCCCCACGGCCGUCCAUUGGACACAGCAGAAGUCAUCAACGCUCGUGCCAUCCACUACCAAGCUAAGGCACUGGAAGGACAUUACGCUCCAGUAGUUGCUGCACCAUUAGCUCACUCAGUCGUCGCACCAGUCGCCCACUCCGUCGUGGCCCCAGCUGUGGUCGCCGCCCCGGCCGCCGUCUCUCACCAAUCUCGUGUGGAUGUGCGCACCAGCCCCGCUAUUGUGUCUCACGCCGUUGCUGCCCCAGUAGUCACCGGUUAUGCUGCUCCCCUCCUGGGUCACUCUGCAUACGGUCUCGCUGGACACGGACAUUUGCUGAAGAAACGCUCUCUGGCUCCCUACGGCUAUGCUGCUCCCAUAAUUGCCCCUUCUGCCAUCUCCCAGCAAUCUCGUGUGGAUGUUAUUUCUAGCCCCGCCGUGGUUUCCCACGCCGUUGCUGCCCCAGUUGUGUCACACGCCAUCGCCGCCCCCGUAGUCGCCGUGGCUCCCUCUGCCGUAUCUCAUCAGUCCCGUGUUGAUGUACGCUCCAGCCCCGCUGUGGUUGCCACCGCAGCCGUCGCCCCCAUUGCGCACAGCGUGUACGCUGCUGCCCCUCUCGCCUACAGUGCUCCCCUUGCGCAUUCCGGUUACUACCAUUCAAGUCCCCUUGCCCAUGGUUGGUGAAGAGCGAAUCUGACGAACCCUAAGAAUAGUGAUUAAGUAAAAAAUGUAAAAAAAAAUAUUUAUAA